AUGUCUCUUGCCAGGUCCCCUGGGUGCUCCCCCCGUGCAAUGCCUUUGCCUCCGGGCUCCACGCUACCUUUGUGCUGCCCUUAGAUCAAGGUCCGGUUUAAGCCCGAGCUCAGCAUCCUCUCCAUCCCUUUGGUCUAUGCUGCUGACCUAAGGCUUGGGGACCACCCGUGCUCCUCGGCCAGCCGACAGGCUCCAGCAGCUCCUCCUGGGCAUCACCUCCCACUGCAAAUGCCCUUGGCUCAACCCAGUGCUGGGAGGGCCCGGAGAGGGGCCUCAUGCUGCACGGCGCUGAGCUGCUCGUGGCCGUGCUUUGCCCGAGCAUGCUCACAGGGAAGAAAUAAGCUGGGGUUAGUCAGAGCCCCUCCAGUGCUGCAGGGCCACAUCCUGCCGGGGCUGGGACCCUCAGGAAUCCAGAGUCUGGGGACACAGCCAGGGUCCCCUGGCCCCCAGAGCAUCGCCCCAGGGAUGCAGCCUGGCUGCCGCGGUGCCCAGGCUGUCGGGGCAAUGACCCAGCCAAGGGCUCCCAGCCUCAAGAGCAGCAGCCAGGAACCCCUGGCACGGGUCUCGCGGGGAGCCUGGUGCGGGCAGGCAGGGCUGGAUCCACAGGCCGCAGCGGGGGGGAAGGGCCUGGUCCCCAGGGACCCUGCCCUGGGCUCACCCCCACCACCCCUCUCUGGGGCCAUGGCUCUCUCCCAGGCUCUCCUCCAGGAAACCAGAGACCUGAAGGCGGCACAAUCCCAAAUGGCAGAACAAAUGCAGAAGAUCCCGGGGGUGCAACUUCAGUCCGCUGUGCAGGAGAUGAAGAGGGAGCUGAAUGAGCUGCAGGAGCAGCAGAAGACCAGCAAGGCCACACUUGAGGAGAUGGUGGCCAAGACGGCCGACCAGCAGGCACAGCAGGACGAGACUCUGCUGGAAGAGCUCCAGGCCAGUGUCACGCAUCUGCAAAGAGAAUACAAGCACCUCAGCUCUGUCACUGGGAAUCUCCAGGACGACUGGCAGAAACAGAAGAAAUAUGCCAAGGCUCUGCUCAAGUCCCUGCGGAAGCUGGAGAAGGACAAAGCGGACAAGGAGGAUGUGAUGCACGAAACUGCUGAGAAAGCGGGCAAAUCCUCCCUGGCCAGCAAAGUCAGCCAGGACCACUUUGAAGGCAUUCUGGAGCAGCUACGUGAGAAGUUGGAGGAGAUGGAGAGCCAGCAGGUGACCAAGGAGCAGGACUUGCAAGAGAUGCAGCAACGGCUCAUGGAAGCGGUGGACGCCAAGGGACCACCACAUCCCACUACCGGGCGGCUGGCUGAGGAGUGCACCCUUCCGCAGCUGGACCGCCAGGAGCUGGGGCCUCUCCAGCGGCAGCUGGCCCAGUUGAAGACCAUUCUGGAACAGCUGAAGGAGAAGGGGACGCAGCCCGAUCAUGCAGCUGGGAUUGAGUGCAACAAAGCUCCUCCUAAACCCCACGGGAUGCUCCAUCCCCCCCGGCCAGUGUUUGCUCCCAGUCUGGGAGUAUCCCACCCCGGCAAGAUGUAGGAGAAACCCCUCCUUUUGUUCUUGCCAGCACCCUGCUUCCCAUGAAUUGAGUCGGGGAGCAGCCAGCAGGUUGGCACCUUGCUGGGGUGCUGAGGGAUAAACAGGACUCCAACCCCCCAGUUCCCCCAGCAAACACCAUAACUCCCUGCAGGGCAGUGCCCGGCCCCUCGCUGCUGCCUGCGAGCCAUGGUGCCCUUGGAGCUGAGCCAGCCUUUCUCUCUCCUCUCCAGGUAUCCCUAAAGCCCAUUGCCGCUGUCUGCCUUGUGACCAGGUCGUCAGCGUGCCGGUGACUGGCCCAUGAGUAGCACCCAGCACCGUGGAUUACAUCAUUUCUUCAUGCAUAUGUAUUUGAGGAUUGUCUCAUCAUUUGUGUGGACUCCUGCAUUUCUCUAUCUUCAGUUGACUGCCCUUGGUAUGCUUCUGGCCUUCACAAAUGUAGACUGUGUUCAGAUAAGGUUGUUAGUAGAAGCGUAGGCUCUGCUUGGAUAAGGUUGUUAGUACAUUCUUUCGAAGCACUCCCUAAUAUCAUACUUGUGAAGGUUAUAUGUGGUCUGUGAGAAAACCGUCACUGUCUACAGAGACAGACACAAAGUCUGCACAAACUUAACUAUAAAGAUCAACAAAAUUAAAUGCUAAACACAAUAUAUAUCAAAUGCUAAAUACAAUAUACAUAGCCUAUAAUUCUAAUCUUAUUUAAUUGAGCCCUAAUUCUUCAGCUAAAUUAAUGUUUUUCCAACAUGGCCGGGGGGCUGCCGUGGGUUUUGAGGUGCUGCCCUGAGUCGGGGUGGCUUGUUUGUCCCCCAUCAUGCAUGCGUGGCUCCUGCCCUCCCCAGGCCCGUCGCGGCCCUCCCAUUGAUGACACCGAUGCCCAGUCACGUCACCAGCCAUGGCCAGAAGGAAACCCAGCAGCACGGCCAAAGGAAGCAGGCAGCUGACUACAAGUUUCCCAGCGUGCCGCGGAGCUGCGGAGGCCUGCACACCAUCACCUACCUGCUGACGCACCAGCCCAAGCCACACAGCGGCCCACCGCCAAUCCAGACAGUGCUGUUGGGCCAGGAUGCAGCCAGCGGAGGAGGCAGCAGCCUGUGCUUGAUGGCAAGGAGGGUACGUCCAGGACAGGCUUGUGCGGGGAGCCUGAGGGUGUGAAGGGCUUCUGUGUCUUGCCCCCACACUGUGCUCCCUUGAGAGCCACCGACGAUGCACAUCUCUUCCAGCCACCAGUCCUCCCAGCCCUGGAGAACCCAGCCAGCUCCCCGGUAGCCAAGCGGGACAAUCGCUGACGACUGCUGGCAA